AUGGACGACCCUCGUGCUCCCCCCAACGCGGCACAUCCCAGCUCCCGCAGCGCUCCGCCCGCCCUCGCUCCCACCACAACUACCGACGGGGAAAAUGGCAGUCAGCUGCCCCCGCGUCCCGGUCACGAGCUCCCCUUUGUCGCGCCCUCGUCGUACCUCCGCCCGAGGCUCCCCAGUCGCACCAUGUCGGAGAAGACUCCAAGCGCCCUGGACAAGGAGCAGAUGCAAGGCUUGCGAGGGAUCCGUGAAUUCUUAAAAGUCCGGACGAGCUACGAUGUGCUCCCAUUAUCUUUCCGUCUCGUCGUGCUAGACAACGAGCUCCUCAUCCGAAAGAGCCUGAACAUUCUCAUCCAAAAUGGCAUCGUCUCGGCGCCGUUAUGGGAUUCGAACAAGUCGAGCUUCGCCGGCUUGCUGACGAGUACGGACUACAUCAAUGUGAUCCAAUACUACUGCCAGUUUCCCGAUGAGAUCGAUCAGGUCGACAAGUUUCGCCUCAGUAGCCUUCGAGAUAUCGAGCGAGCAAUUGGCGUCCUACCUCUUGAGACGGUGUCGGUCCAUCCGAUGCGCCCCUUGUACGAGGCGUGCCGUCGCAUGCUGAAGACGAGGGCCAGGAGGAUCCCCUUGGUCGACGUCGACGAAGAGACGGGCCGGGAGAUGGUAGUCAGCGUCAUUACGCAGUACCGCAUUCUCAAGUUCAUCGCCGUCAACAACGAGAAGCACACGAUAUUGCUCAAGAAGUCGGUGCGGGAGCUAGGGCUCGGCACCUACACCAACCUAGCAACGGCGGACAUGAACAGCUCCGUCCUGGACGUCAUCCACUUGAUGGUCAAGCACAACAUCUCGGCGGUGCCGAUUCUCGAUAAGGACAACAAGGUUCUGAACGUAUUUGAGGCGGUCGAUGUCAUUCCCUGCAUCAAGGGCGGGGCUUACGACGAGCUGACGGCAUCAGUCGGCGAGGCCCUUUGCAAGCGCGCCGAUGACUUCCCCGGCAUCUACACAUGCAACGAGGACGACCGCUUGGAUGCUAUUUUUGAAACUAUCCGCAAGUCGAGGGUUCACAGGCUCAUCGUAGUCGAUGAUGAUAGCCGGCUCAAGGGUAUCAUUUCGCUCUCGGACAUCCUCAAGCACGUCCUACUAUUUGGCGAGGAGGAGGACAAUAUCCGGGCUGGUUAG